AUGCAAGGAGGCAUAAGAAGAAAGAAAGAUCUAUUACCUCGCUACAAACAUAAUGGUAAUGUUAGAUCGAAAUCUUUCUUGACUACACCAAUGAAAAAAAUUCUAGCUUACGUUACAGUAUUAUUCUUUAUAUUCUUUUUGAUUAGAACGGGUUAUUCUGAUUUUAAUAAAGUACCUGAUUAUGAAUUAGAUGGUAAUUUUGGAUCUUUAAAUUCAAAAGAUAAACAUUCGAACAAUGAAAUGUUAAAUAAUGAUAUUGUUAAAGAAAAAUUUAAUAAUGAAGUGGCUAUGCAACAAGAGACGAAAAACUUAGAAAAUGAUAUAACGAAACCAAAUGCAUUGAAAGAUAAGUUAUCAAAUAAAAAUGCUCAAUUAGAUGCCUAA